CCUGUGACAUUAACCCGAUUACAGUCGAAAAGUCAAAGUUCUUUCACUGUUUCGACGAACAGUUCGUGUCCAAAAUGCACGUCCUACCCUUCUUGGUAAUCGCCCUUUCAAUAUCCACGAUUUUCGCGACACACCCACUCCAAGAUCUCCCCGGAAUCAUCUCCAACGAAGUCGAUUUCGUCAGACUGGGCAAAUCCCCGCACAAACUCGCCUCUCUGGUCAAACAAGUGCUCAAAAUCGGCGACAAAAAGCUCGCAGACGACGUCCUCUGCCAAACAUGCGACCUCGUGUUCUCCCAAAUCCUGGCGUACCGUCGAGUGGGCGCCAGCAAAGACUCUAUGGUGGACUUUUUCAACAAACUGUGCCGGGUUUUCACGGAUUGGGGGCCCGUAGCCUGCGCCGGCUACAUCAACAUCGAGAUAGAUACGGCUCUGUACAUUAUGGAUAAUCGAAAAGAAUUGGCGGCGAGCCGCAUCUGCGGGAUUUAUUUCCAGUCUAAGGGCUGCGUGGACCCCAACGCCAACCCGUGGACGGUCCCCAUACCGGCGAAGCUAAGACACACCCACCGGCACGAGCAUCGUCAUCACGCAAGCGCCGCCCCUUUGAAGAUUCUCCACCUCACGGACUUCCACUACGACCCCCUCUACGAGCCCGGGAGCAACGCGGCCUGUGAUUUGCCGCUCUGUUGCCAGAAGGGCAAUGGCCCCGCCCCCACGCCCGCGUCUGAGGCCGGCUUCUGGGGCGACUACCACGUGUGUGACAUUCCGUGGCACUCAGUCACCAACUUUACGGCCUACUUGACGAAUCUUAACGAAACGUACGACCUUGUGUACUACACCGGCGAUAUUAUUAGUCAUAGAUCGUGGGCUACUAACAAGGACGACAACACGAAGGCCCUCAAAAAAUUGUUUCAGCAUUUCAAGGACACAUUUGACAAUACUACAGUUUUUGCCAUUUUGGGCAACCACGAACCGCAUCCCACCGACUUCUGGUCGGAGCGGAAUGUAACUGCGGCGAUUUCCACCCAGUGGAUGUUCGAUUUAGUGGCAUCAGAAUGGGCCCGGUGGCUACCCAACAGCACAGUCAGCGAUAUCAAAACUGGAGGCUACUACACCGUCUUAGUGCGCCCCAAAUUCCGAAUAAUCGCCCUCAAUUCCAACGUGUGUUUCGUUAGCAACUUAUGGCUGAUCUACGAUGACCACGACCCCUACGGGCAGCUCAAUUGGCUCACCGCGACUCUAACAAAAGCGGAGAAAAACGGCGAAAUUGUCCAUAUUUUGUCCCAUAUUCCUCCAGGAGAGUUGUUGUGUAACCAACGAUGGAGCAACCAAUUCCGACAGAUCGUGCAGAGGUUUGCACCAAUCAUAGCGGCGCAAUUUAACGGCCACACCCACUUAGACGAGCUCCGCCUCUUCCGUGAUGUCAACACAACCAAAGUGAUCAAUGUGGCCUUUAAUGCCGGCAGCUUUACGACGUUCGUGGGUUUCAACCCCAACUACCGCACGUAUGACGUCGACCCCGCCACUUACAGGGUGCUAGAUUACGAUCAUUACACGUACAAUCUGACCAAAGCCAACUUAGAUAGGAAAAAUCCGCCGCAGUGGUUUAAAUUGUACUCGUUCAAGAGUGACUAUGGGUUGAAAAAUACCUCUAACGAGGCUCUAGGGGAUUUGGUGGCAAGGAUGGGGAAAAACAAGACGUUGGCACAACAAUAUUUUCGGUUUCAAGGUCGUGACAGUGCCCCUCAUGUCAAACCCGGCUGCGACGACUUGUGUAUGAAAAAAUUGGUGUGCGGAAUCACCGCAGUGGAAACUCUGGAGAUGCUUCGGUGCCAACAAAUGACGAAGACUCACCACAAACAAUGAACAAUUUAUUAAUAAAAGUCUUCAAACUUA